CAUGAAGGAUCGUUAAUCCACAGCCUACUUCAGGGGUCAGUGAAUGAAAGCCACAGAAAAAGAAAAUGAUUCCAUGAUUCCAUCAAAGCUUGUAACAUGUUGCACAAGUCUCUCUGCAUUAAUAAGCUCAGAGACAAGCCAGAACACAGCUUUGAGGGACAAAUUUGUGUCAGUGGUUGGACCUGUGUUUGAAGGAGGUGAUGAAGAAAAUGUCUUGACUUUGCUCACCUCCCUUGCCAAUGUGUGUUGCAAUGAUGCUGGGCUGCUGGUUAAACCUCUGGAUGAUGUCGAUGAUGACACAAUUAGGAAAGAUUCAGCUGCUGGUGACUCAACUGGCAAAGACAAAGCAUCAGAAUUUACAUGCUGGCUGCUAGCUGAGCUUAUGACAGUGCAUGGAUCCUCACUGGUAUGUCAGGCCAAUGUGGACCUCCAGGUUACCAUCAUGCGCCUCCUGGACUCUCGCAAUCCCAGGCUCUUUUUGUUGAUUGUGAAGGACUAUGUUAGGGUUGGACUUGAUGGCAAAGAGGUACUGUUUGAUGCUCAAAGUGUCGCUGUCCAGAGUUUUGCAUCUGUGGUGGAUCCAGAUACAGCUCAGCUCAAACCCAAAACAAUCAAGUUUGAUGACAAUUUGCAAGUGGAUGACCUGCUGUCCAUUAUUAUUUUGGUUUUGUGUCAGCUAGGAGAUUUGCUGCAUCAUUUUGAAUCCUUGCUAGAUGACAUCUGGCUUCUGAUCAUUUGUUGCCUUGAAGGAGGAGACAACAACCUGAAAACAUCAGCUCUUAUAGCUAUAAAUCACCUUAUGGACACCUGUGGUCUUCCUGUGACUGUGGAGAGGAUAGACUACCUUAUGCAGUGUAUAGGAGAAACCGUGCUACUCCAUGUCACAUCAUCAGAAGAACCUCACAGCACAACAGGAAUCCCCCCUAUGAUACAGCAGCAUUUAAGCAGUGGAGGCACAGUUACUUUCUUGAAUGAGAGAACAAUCAAAGAUGCUUUAGCUGAAGUUGUGAUGGGUCUCAAGGAACACAUCCCAGAACUAAUUCCAUUUUUGCAAGAGGAAUUUCUUGUUACACUGUACAGAAUCUUUAGUCCAAGCUGUGUUUUGGAGAAAAUACCAGUGAUGCUGAGGAGACCACUCGUUGAAUGUUUCCUUUUGUUAGUUGAGUCAUUGCCCACUGCUUCCCCACACCUUGCUCAAGCCACAACUGUCUUAGAGGCCUGUGUGUCCCACAGCAUCCUUGUACCUGAGGUAGGAAGCUUGUUAUUACGAAAAUUAGUUCUUGAUGAGCUGGUGGAUGCUUUGCCCACUCCUGUAGCAAACACCCUGAAGCUUGAGAACUCAGAUUCUCUCCCCAAGAAACGAAAAUAUUCAGAUACGGAAUAUUCAGUUCCUCCUGUAAGUGUUACAAACAUCAGUAAAUUGUGGAAGAUGGCAAUUCAAAAGUUAAGUACAGUGUUUGCUGACUGGUCAGAAUCAACCAAUCCCCCUCUGGAACAAAUUGAAGCUGUUAAUGCAAUUGUGUCAAAUCCUGGAUGGUUGAGUGCCCAUAUCCCAUCACUUCAGGUGUGCCUGAAAUUUCUACCAGAAGCUUGGCUCAUUGCAGCAACAGAUGCAAUAACCACUGUUAUGACAAACACUGAAGACAUUUCGAAGAUUGUAGAAAUGAUGAAGCUGCUGGUGACGUUCAGUUGGUCAUCAUGUAUUGUGGAACCUGAUGAGGUGAAAUCUUGGUGUCAUUCUUGGCUGGCACUGGCAACCCUGCCCUGGAUGGCUGCUGAGGUCACCUGGAUGGACCUCAAACCUAUAAAUCCCCGUAACUUUGCCCAGUGGUCUACAAAGAUGAAGUGGAUCAGUGAUCCAAGAGUUAAGACCCAAAGUGUGGCAGUAGUAGCUCUGUUGCCAAAUAAUGUGGCACCACGAUGGAGAUGCCAUGUUGUGCGGUCAUUGGUCACUGAGCAUCAACCACAGGUCACGGAGGAGGUGGCAGCCUGGUUUCCUAUGAUGAUUCAUCAACUACAUGGGGCUAAUGGGCAGGACUUGUUUGGGGAGGUUACUGGGGUAGCACUUCACUCCUCUGACACAGCUACAGUUCUGGCUGUUGCACGUUGCUUCAAGCCACUCCUUUGUGCCCUACUCAACCUUACAUCUAUAAAAUCUCUGAGGAACAAUGAGGACACUAAAAAGCCCUACACACUGCAUUGCCAGGUGUGUAAUGAGGGUAUUUCCUCUCAUUUGGGCACUCAGGGAGUUGACUCAACUUUAGUGUCUCGGUUCCUUGGGCUACUGGGACAUCCUCAGGCAUCAGUGAUUGUGGCAGUGGUGGAAGCCCUUCCUACUGUACUGACACACAGCACCCUUACUAGUCACAUGAUUGGCCAGUACCUUGCAUUGCUUACUCACCAAGAUAAGACAGUUGUAUCAGCACUAUGUGAACAACUUCCUGCUCUUGUCUGCAUCAAAGAACAGUCUCCCAGUCAGGACUCAAAGAGUUUAGUUGUGUCUAGACAUGGUGAGAUAGUGAUGUCCCACUUCAGUGACCUUGUGAAGAAGAGUGAAAAUGGCGGGGUAGCCUCCACCCAGCCUGUGAUGGCAGUUCUGGAGGCUCUCAAGCACAUAGUGAGAUUCCCUCUUGGAAGCCUCACUGGUGGAGUUUUGGUGUUGCUGCUGCGCUGUUUGUUUCUGAAGGUGAGGACAUCCAGCUCCUCUGCCCACCUAAUCAUUCACUCUUUGGCAAAGACCCUGGACCUCUCACUUAAGGAUCUCUUUGCACGGCACAGACAAGCACUCUCACAGGUUUUGGCUUCUGCUGUUUGUCAAGGGGAGGUGGCAGGACUUUUAAACCAUGUGGCAGAUGUAUUCAAGUGGCCAGAAGUUUCUGUGACUGGUAAAAGGAGUCCCCUCAACACUCGACUUGGUGCCUUCAUUAGUAGUCAGCUUCACUACUUGCUGCCGGCACUAGUGGUGAGAGCAGCAAAGGAAAAUAAGCCCUGUCUGCUGCAGGAGCUGGCUAGUUGCCUUGGAUACCGACUCAGGGACAUCCUUAUUGAUCACUUUCAACAUAUUUUGGCCCAUCUAGUAUUUCACCACUCAGAAGAAGAACAAGAGACUGUGUUGGACUUUAUAGCUACAACAACAGAGAUCCAGAUUCAGAAUAUACGACGAUGCUCAGUUCAAAAUCAAGUGAAUGAGCUCGUGCUGGGGCUGCAUGACCACAAAAAUGCUGUGUUGUGUGAAUUUCACCAUAUGAGAACAAUCGAUACCUCAUUUACCACCUCUGCCUCCAUUUCCUCUGGCCAUGCUUCCUCCAAGAACUUCAGAAAGAAGAGCAUCAGUGAGUUGUCUAAUGCCACCUGUCAGGAAGAAAUCUGUGAGUACCUUGCACCACGCCUGUUAGGCAUCUUGGGAUUCUUGGACAGCAAGUUGGUAUCCUCUUCCACCAUGUUCAAAGAAAAGCGGUCAGCUCUUUGGUCUCUGAAUGACUUGCUGGCACUGUUGGGGAAGAAAUACAUAUCUCCAGUGUCCCGCAAGGUGCUUGCUUCCCUCAAGACGGCUCUGAAACUUAAAGAUGAUGAAUUCUAUGACAUCAGUUGUCAUGCAUGGACUAAUUUUCUGCUUAACUUGGAUGAAUGCACCCUGGAAAGCCUUGUGGAAGAAGUGGUGGUGGUGAUCAUGCCACUUAUCCAGAAAAGGCCAGAGCAGAUGGAGCCUGUCCUCACCCAUGUUCUGGUGGAGACACAAUCAGUGAAGCCACUCUUGGGAAAUUUACCACUUCUUCCAGCAGUGGAAAGUUUUGCAUACAUCAAUGAAGCCAUAAUGGAGAACCAGUCAAGAGUAGUGGGGGGUACUUCUGAAGAGGUUCUGCAGCGUCUCUCUGGCAUCUUGAGGAACUUGAAUCAUGAAAGUGUUGAUGUGAGACUCCUUGCAUUAGGUCGGCUACGGCACACACUGCAUCAUAAUCAAGCUGCUGUCCACCACCUUACUACUGCGUUGGAUUAUGUACAUCCCACUGUAUCUGAGUUAUUCAGUGCUCUUCUAGGUCAGUGCCGGGAAGUAGAUGAUGAAGUCCAGGUACUGGUAGCUGAAUGUCUCGGACUGCUGGGGGCGAUUGAUCCUAGCCGCCUUUACUCUUAUUCCAACAUAAAAGAGGAAUUGAAUGAAAUACAUCUGAACAUUGAGCACGAGGCAUUCAUCAUUCAGCUGAUUACAGAGCUGGGAAGAGCCUUCUUGGCAGCCACAGAUGCUAGCACUCAGACUUGUGCCUCUUAUGCUCUGCAGGAAAUAACCCGUCUGUAUGGCAUCCGAGAGAGUGGGUCUGAGGAGGCUACUGCUGUUGGAUCCAGAGCCUGGGAAAAGUUACGAUACCACUUGCAGGAAAUCAUUCGCCCUCUGCUAACUUCCAAAUACACUGUGGCUACUGGUAGUGGACGACCCACUGUUCCUCUUCCCUCACCCAUCUUUGGAAGCCCUCAUGCAGCCUCGUUCCAUCAGUGGUUGACAUGCUGGGAGUGUUCAUUAGUUGACAUGCUUAAAGGUGAAAGGGCAAGUCAGGUAUUUAGCGUUUGUAAGCCCAUCUUGCGCCGUGACACCACCACUGCCAUGUACCUCUUACCUUUUAUCUUGGUGUGUGUACUCUGUGAAGCACAACAUUUUCACUCUCAUGUGCUGGAUGAGGUGUUUGCUGUCAUGAAUCACAUGCAGGAGAAGGAGGAUGAUAAUAAAAAGGAAGACUCAUCUGCUGUACUUUCUUCUGAAUUCAGGCAACUUGCUGUUCAGACUGUGUUCUCAGCUCUUGACUAUAUCAGUAAGUGGACUCAGAAGCAGAGGCAGGCAGAGAAUUUAGGAAAGAAAGGUAGAGGAGCAUUUGUGCCCUCAACUGAACUGCAACAGGUAUUGAGUUUCCUUGAAAAUAUACCAGCCGAUAUAUUGGCCCAAACUUCAUUCAAGACUCAGGCUUACUCCCGAGCUCUCCUACAUAUUGAAACCUUCCUGAAGCACAAUUCAAGUCAGCUCAAGGAACAUCUUCAUUUCCUCCAAUGCAUCUACGUGUCAUUGGAUGAGCCUGAUGGUGUGGCAGGUGUGGCUGCCAUCAGAAGAGAGGAUCCAAGUCUUGAGGAGCAGGUCAUUCAGCAUGAGGCCACAGGGCAACUGCAAGAUGCCCUUGGGUGUUAUGAACGUUUGUGUGUGUCUCAGGGUACAGAGGCGGUGUACAAGGGCUUGCUGGAGUGUUACAUCAGUCUAGAUCAACCUCACUCAGUGUUCAACAUCACCCAAGGGCUUCUGUCCACUAGGCCUGAGUUGGAGCCAAGCCUGAACAAGUAUCGUGUUGAAGCAGCAUGGAGACUUAGUAAGUGGGAUGAGCUAGAUAAUUUCUUGAAGGCAAGCCCUGAGGAACCAUCGUGGGGUGUUGGAGUGGGGCAAGUCUUCCGAGCAUUGAGGGCAAAGGACCAUCCUGCAUAUCUGGAAAACCUCAAGAAUAUCCGGGCUCACUAUAUCUCCAUGUUGUCGGCUGCUAGCAUGGAGAAGUGGGCCUAUCAAAGGGCCUAUCCAUAUAUUUUGAGGCUUCACAUGCUGACAGAGCUUGAGGAGAUGGUGUCUGGUUUGUUGUGCUUCAAUCCUUCAGUACCAGAGAUUCCCAGCAGCAGCAGCAGCAGCAGCAGCAACAACAGAAAGCUGGUCAGAGCAUAUCAGCUGGCAGAAGUUCGGUCAGAAAUGGAAGGACAAAAGCAGCAAUAUCCACGUGAUGUUGGGCAGUUGGUUGACCUCUGGGAUAAGCGGCUUGGAUUGAUCCAAACCUCCCACAGAUACCUUGAGCCAGUCCUUAGCUUUCGAAGGACUUUAUUAUCACUGGGUAGUGAGUGGCUCCAAGAUACUAACCCCACUCAAAGCGCUGCCCUCAAGGUCCAGGUAGAGCGGAAGUGGUUACACAGUGCCAAGGUGGCACGGAAGUCUGGCCACACACAGCAAGGGGAAUGGGCACUGCUUGGUGCAGGAUUUGGUCGUGAUGUCUUUGUGGAGAGAGCCAAGUGGCAUUGGGUGAAGGGUGAACAUCAUCAGGCUGUUACAACCCUCAACUGUGGUAUUGACAAGUUUUUUCCUGCCUGUGACACCAUCAAGGACAACAGUGAGAUUAACCAAGAGGAGCGUUUGGCUUGUGGACGAGCCAAGCUGCUCUUGGCCAAAUACAGUGAGGAAGCAGCUACUCUUGAUGGCAACACAAUCAAGCAAUAUUAUCGAGAUGCUUGUGAAAUGAACCGACAGUGGGAAGAUGGGCACUUUCAUCUGGCUAUGUACUAUGACCGUAUUCUCAGUUCACUUGAGAAAAAAGAAAAACCUGUUGAGUGGAUCCAUCACAUCAUUCUCAGCUUUGGAAAGUCCCUCCAGCACGGGUGUUGCCAUAUCUACCAGUCAAUGCCUCGAAUGCUGGGGCUGUGGUUGGAGUUUGGCACACGAGUGAGUGAAUUGGAGGUGAGAGAAGGAAAAUCUAGUAUUGCAAGCAGCAAAAACAGUUCCUCCAUUGAAAUCCUACAAGAAAAGCUGAAUAUCCUGAAUGCAGCAAUAGGAUCAAUGGUGGAUCGUCUGCCCCACUAUAUGCUCCUGACAGCUUUACCUCAGCUCAUCUCUCGCAUCUGUCACUCUCAUAAUGAUGUCUUCAAGCAACUGUGCAAAAUAAUUGCUACCAUGCUGAGCACCUUUCCACAACAGGCAAUGUGGCACAUGGUUGCUGUCUCAAAGUCAUCAUACCACAUGCGAGUAGCAAGGUGCUCAGAAAUAUUUGAAACAGCAAAGAAGAUCAAUCCAAGUUUGUCUAAAUUCAUUGCUGAUGCAACAAAGUUGGCAGACAAAUUUCUGGAGCUCUCUAAUAAACCUGUUGAAAAGGGUGUUCCUCAGGUCAGCCUCAACAACCUCCUCCGUUCACUCCCCAGGCUACUUGCUGAUUCCUCCUUCUCCAACAUUAUGCUACCCCUGCAGCAUCAAAUGGCAGUGACUCUUCCAUCAACUAACAUUGACAUCAAAUCACACAAUGCAUUUCCCAGGACACCAGUCUAUCUGUCCAACAUUGAAGAUAAAGUUGAGAUUAUGCAGUCUCUUCAACUCCCAAAGAAAAUCACUCUGCGAGGCUCCGAUGGCAAAUGCUACAUCAUGAUGUGCAAACCCAAGGAUGAUUUACGAAAGGAUUGCCGGUUAAUGGAAUUCAACAACUUUGUUAAUCGCUUACUUCUACGGGAUCCUGAGUCAAGGAAACGAGAUCUUCACAUCAGGACCUAUGCUGUGGUACCAUUGAAUGAAGAAUGUGGAUUGAUUGAGUGGAUUGAAAACUUGAAUGGGCUGCGGCAGAUUCUCCAUCGAUUGUAUAAGGAUUCUGGGAACUACAUGUCAGCCCAGGAGCUGAAGCAGAACAUGUGCAAGAAGGACACACCACUUGCCACCAAGAGGGAAGUGUACCUUAACAAACUAGUGCCCCGCCAUCCACCUAUCUUUGGCACUUGGUUCCUAAGGACUUUCCCAGAUCCACAGGCAUGGUUGCGGGCACGUCUUGCAUAUUGCCGCACCACUGCUGUGAUGUCUAUGGUGGGAUACAUUCUCGGACUUGGUGAUAGGCAUGGUGAGAAUGUACUCUUUGAUGCCUCUUGUGGGGACACAGUACAUGUGGAUUUUAAUUGUCUCUUUAACAAGGGGGAAACCUUUGACUUCCCAGAGAGAGUCCCAUUCAGGCUGACACACAACAUGGUUGCAGCAAUGGGCCCCACAGGCUACGAGGGCAUCUAUAGAAAGUCAUGCGAGGUAACAAUGAGAGUCAUGCGAGAAGAGAGAGAAGCUUUGAUGUCUGUACUGCAUCCCUUCAUCCAUGAUCCACUUGUGGAAUGGUCAAGAGGGAAUAAAAGUGCCAGAAUGACUGGCGAAAUCAACAACGAAAAGGCACAGAUGCAUGUUACCAACAUUGAGCAUCGCCUUAGUGGGCAGAUCCGCUCUAAAGCUCGAGGUCUUAACCAGCCAUUGUCUGUGGAGGGGCAAGUAAACUCACUCAUUGAAGAAGCUACCAGCCUUGACAACCUCUGCCAGAUGUACAUCGGAUGGGCAGCAUACAUGUAGCAUUCAGAUUUCUCUUCAAAAUUUCAGUGAAUAGUUAUUUUUAUAUUGGAUAAUUUUUUACACCAGAUUUUUUUUUAUGAUAGAAUUAAUCAUUCCUUUAAAACUUCCUUGUGCAUGGAAAAAAAAAUUUCUAAACAGAAUUGAUUUGUUAGGAAUGACACAGCUAUCUUUAAUGGAUCAUAAGUAAGCUCUCCAAUUUACUGCAGAUUUUGUGAGGUGUGAACACCCUCUCAAAAUUUAGAAGGAACAGGUUCUUUGGUACCAAGUUUGCAGUGUUUGAGAUCACUUCCAGGUAGAUUAAGGUUAUUUAGUACCUCAAGAAAAUAUAUACCAAAAUAAAGUUCAUAAUUGUA